AAUUCAAAAUUUUGGCAGCCGAGUAAAUAAAGUGUUUCAGGAAUUUAAAAUUUUAAAAGUUUUUGAAGUUGCUGUAAAUUACAUAAAAUAAGUUAUUCGUUGCAUUGAAGUUUAAGUGAGGAAGGAAAAGUUGGCGUUGUUUGAGAGUUAGUUGGAAUAUCUAAAUUGCAAUGUUACCGUUAUCACUCCUUCGUGCAGCACAAUACAUGCCAAUGUUGGUGGAACUGAAGAAUGGCGAGACAUACAACGGUCAUCUUCAAGCUUGUGAUGGAUGGAUGAAUAUUUGUCUUAGGGAUGUAAUAUGUACCUCAAGGGAUGGAGAUAAGUUCUGGAGGAUGCCGGAAUGUUAUAUUAGGGGAACGAAUAUUAAAUACCUUCGUAUUCCGGAUGAGGUAAUUGACAUGGUGAAAGAAGACGAAAAUUCUGGGGGUGGGGGUCGUGGAGGACGUGGUGGUAUGAGGGGACGAGGUGGCGGUGGCGGGCGUGGACGGGGUGGUGGCCCCCGAGGUGGCCUCACUGGAAGACCAGGACUAGGUUCUCUUCCUUCCGGUGGUGGCGGUGGAGACCGUGGGGGUCGUGGUGGUGGCAGAGGAGGCGCAGGAAGGGGUGGAGGAGGGCCAAAAUAUCCCAGAAAUAAUUAGUUUAUUAUACAACUAAACUAAGCAGGCCUUAUCUUAAGUUUUUUAUUGAUCUCGUUUUAAUCUUACUUGCAGAGAUCGUGGUAGAUGUACAGAAUAAAACUAAUUUCCAACUUUAAUUGAA